GGGGAGCCGGACGGGGCACUAUGAACGGAGAGGAGCAGUUUGUAAACAUUGAUCUGAAUGAUGACAACAUCUGCAGUGUUUGUAAACUGGGAACAGACAAAGAAACACUCUCCUUCUGCCACAUUUGUUUUGAGCUAAAUAUUGAGGGAGUACCAAAAUCUAAUCUCUUGCACACCAGUUCAUUAAGGGGCCAUAAAGACUGCUUUGAAAAAUACCAUUUAAUUGCAAACCAGGAUUGUCCUCGAUCUAAACUCUCAAAAAGUACUUAUGAAGAAGUUAAAACCAUUUUGAGUAAGAAGAUAAACUGGAUUGUACAGUAUGCACAAAAUAAGGAUCUGGAUUCAGAUUCUGAGUGUUCUAAAACCCCCCAGCAUCACCUGUUUAAUUUCAGGCAUAAGCCAGAUAAAACAUUACUCCCACAGUUUGACUCUCAAGUACCGAAGUAUUCUGCCAAAUGGAUAGAUGGAAGUACAGGUGGCAUCUCAAACUGUACACACAGAAUUUUGGAGCAGAGGGAAAAUACAGACUUUGGACUUGCUGUGUUACAAGAUUCAGGUGCCACUUUAUGUCAUAAGAGUGUAUUGUGGCCUCAUAGUCACAACCAGCCACAGAAAAAAGAAGAGACAAUACCUAGUCCAGAAGAUAAUGUCCAGACCCAGCAUCCACAUUACAGCCGAGAGGAAUUGAACUUGAUGACUCUUGAUGAGGUAGAACAACUGACUACAAAGCUCCGACAACAAAUCCAGGAAGUUUUUGAAGAGUUAACACACCAAGUACAAGAAAAAGAUUCUUUGGCCUCAGAGCUCCAUGUCCGCCAUGUUGCCAUUGAACAGCUUCUUAAGAACUAUUCCAAAUUACCAUGUCUACAAGUGGGGCGAACAGGAAUCAAGUCACACCUACCCAUAAACAACUGAACUAAACUUACACUUAUUUCAUAUGCCUUACCCGUGCCAGGCAUGUGAACUUUGAAGAAGUUUGAAGAAAGUUAUGGUCCAUUUUUUUUUAUGGUCAUUGAAUCUGCAAAGCAUAAGGCAGGCAGUACUUAACAUCCUUGUCAAAUAAAGCAGAUCGUUAUACUCUAGCCUACUAGAGUUAAUAAUUUUGCUUCAUUUGGGGAAUCUUUUUGCCAUAAUUUCCACAAUGCCCCUCCCUGACUAGUACUACAUGUGACUACUUAAAUAUACUGUUACAAUGUGAUUUUAUUAAACAUAUUUUAAUGUAAAUUCACCUGUCAAAAUAGUAGAUUAACUUCUUAGGUUAGUCUGAACUACUAAAGACAAUUUUUAAGAGGGAAAUGGAAUUCAUACUAUCACUUCUUAUUUAUUAUGAGCAAUAUUUUAAUAUAAAAUUUUAUAUAUAAAAAUGCUAUUUUGGGUACCUUUUCAUUCUCUUUAUAAAUGGGUAUUUGAAUGGUUCUGUAUAGUAUUUACACUUUCAUGUGUGAAUACAUUCACCCAUAUUUCAGAUUCACUUCAUUUUAUUCUCUUACUAUACAGUGUUUCUACAACUAUUAUCUUGCUUUUCAAAGAUAAAUGUAUUUUGGAGUAGAAAUCUAUCUAGUUGAAUUGUUUUAAUUUCUAAUAAAUCUUAUGAAGGAGGAACUAAUAACUUUUUAAAGCAAAUAUCCAAGUAAAAAUAAUGCAUUUUUUUCUUACAAAAGCAGUUCUGUGUUAGUUUAAGAAGAAACUGCUAAUCUAGUCUUCAUGUAUCAAUUUGUCUCUAUAGAAGUAAGAGUUUCUUCUACUUCAUUCAUCAUUACUUUCAUUCUAAUAACUUUGAUGUGUUAGAAUUUGGACAGGGUAAAUCAAGCUUGCCUCACUUUUAAGUCAAAAAUGUAUUACUAUCUUCAAAUUGAACCUGCUAGAAAAUUGUCCUUUCUUUGAAAAAAAUUACAAUUAUUUUGUAUGCCGCUUUGGGUAAAAGCUUAAGGAUCCUUAAACUGUCCAAAUUCUGUUUUCAGCAUCAUAGAAAUUAGCAUUCAAAUGAAACAUUGUGAGGUAUUUUGCCUAAAAUUUACAGUAUAAAGAAUAGAUUGCUUGACAAAAAAUUAAAAUUCCAAUUCAAAAAAUAAGCCCUGUUAUUUAAAAGGAUAUUUUUAUAAGUUGCCUAAGAUAUUCCAAAGAGUUCUUAACUAGUAGAUUGUUUCAAGCAGCUAGAUUAGUAAAUAAUGUAUUAUAGUAAAAGCUAUAACCAAUGAGAAUUAAAAUGGGCUCUAAACUCUGUUUUCAGCUGGUGCUUAGAAAGUAUUUAUGAAGUAGAUGCUUUGCUUAAAAGAAUCUACAGAAAAACUCACUAACUUGGCAGUGUUAUGUGUAGAUAUGAAUGGCUUCUGCCCUAAAUGUGGCAGUGUACCCUGGCCUGGGUCAGAUUUUAGUCCUGAAUACCAGUAUCAUCUGACUAAGCAAAGAAAUGCUUUAAUUGUUGAAAGCAUUUUUCCAUAAUGCUAAGAUGUAUUUAAUUGGCCUGAAGAUAUUCAUUGAUAUAUCAUUCAUUUUGUUUUGUCUUUCUUUGAAGUAUAACAUAACUGUCAAGUUUUUGGAGGAAGCUUCUGAAAGAUGCUUUCAGUUUCUCUCAAUUCUUUGAGUCACCCAAAAUGAAUUUAAAAUCCAGGGCAGAGAGAUGCAUGCAUUGCCUUAGUUUUAAUAAGCUUUAAAUGGAAUGUGUGCAAUACUAAAAUACACAAAUUUAUAUGAUGGAUAAAGACAUUUCCUGAUUAUGCCAGUAUCUUAGUGCUUAGUUAUUAUGGUCACAUUUUCAAAUUUGACUUUAAGAAUCUUACCAGCCAAUUUACUUGCACACAUUAGACUUUGCUUAGAUGACUUAGGGACAGUCAUUAAAGUUUGGGAUGUGUCAGUAGUAGCAUAUUUCCAGAAUAUGAGCCAUAUGGUGCAGUCCUGAAUACAAUAGUAUUAUCCAAAGAAAGUGUUUACUUAUCUCUUAAAGAGUUUUCUGGCAAAUAUGUAGCUUUACUAAUGAGUUUGGAACAAUUGGGUGGGAUAUUAUGCAUGUACUAAGGUCUUAAUUGGGAACUUUGAUUUAUUCCAUUUAGGUAUUUCUACUUAAGCUCAUUAAAGGAAAGGUGCUCUUUAAAAAUUUCUGUGGUGCUAGUAGUACUCACACUAGUACUUAUUCAGAUUAAUUUGUAGAAAAAAAAUUUGUUGAAGUAUUUUGCACAACAGUUUAUCCAAAUAUUUGAUAAACUUAUUAUAUAUUCCUAUGUUAUUUUUCUUGAUUGAAUAUGUAAUUAUUGUAUAUGCAGAAAUAAGGAUCCAGGGACACAGUUGAGUUAUGACUUGAGAGAACAUGAUACACCACCGAUACUGGUUUCUGUAUUUGAUUCUUUCUUUAGAGUUGUUAGUACUUUUUCAGGAAAUUUAGAAGAAAAUUUCUUAUAUGGCUUCAGUUUGAGAAAUGGCAAGAGACAGACUGCUAAUCAGCCAUUACUAACAUUUUCAGACUUUAUAUGAUUGAGAAGAAUGAAACCCAACUAAUUUUUAGAUUAUAUAGUCUGAGCAUUAAAUUUUGUAAUUUUAACAAGUGAGUUUAAAAAAUCUAAAGUCAAAAAUGACUUUGACCAAGAUUAUUCUCUCCAAAGAUUAGUUUUAAAAUCUGUUCAGCAUUAUAAGUAACCUAAAAAUCAAUUAUGUUUACUUUGAAAUUAUCAUCUUAUCCUUUGAUCCUAGUAUUAAUAUCGAAAUUAAUAUCUUAAUAAAGGCAUGCACUCAAGAUACCAAUAGUAGAUGAUUUCGGUAGCAGAAUAAUGUUUUGUUCCAUUAUCUAGUUUCUUACACAAAACAUUAGAGCACAGAGAGGUUCUUAGUUUUUCAAAAUGUAUGUACAUUUCACCACAAAGUGCCCAUUUUAUAUACAUUUAAGGAUUAUUUUUAAAAUAAGUUUAGGUUGUAAAGUGACUUAAGAAAUAUAGUUGAAAUAUUUUAUUGGCAUCUUGACAGGCUGUUGGAAUUUCUCCAUUUUUCAUUUUAUAUAUUCUUUGCUGCUGAAAUGGUUUAAAGUGCUUUCUUUUUUUGUUGAUUUUUUUUUACUUUGGCUUUUAUAUUGUUGAGGAUUGUUAAUCAGUUUUUGCUAGUAUUUUUUUAAAUAAGUUUUUUUGAUUUAUUUGUAUUAAUGUUUACCAGUUUGGGUUUUAUUCUGAAAGAAAUCUUUCAUUAUUGACAUUGUAAAAUGUAAUACAAAAUGUAUAUGCUCUAAAGUAGGAUUUUUUAAGAAAUAAAUUAUAUGUGUAGUUUAUUAGGAGGUUCAGGUUAGUGACCAUAAAAGUUUACUUGUACAUGAAAACUUUUAAAUGGUACCUUGUAAAGUUCGUAUACUAUUUCUUU